AUGUACCCACACGCCGGUCCUGGCGGGGGACCUGGGUUCGUGCACGGCGGGCGUCACGGACGGCGCGGUGAUGGGGCGGUGCGGAGCGCGCAGCUGGACGAGUUCCGGGCCAACAAGUCACGCAAAUGGGAGCUUCGGGACAUCUUUGGGUAUAUUGUCGAGUUCAGCGGGGACCAGCACGGGUCGAGGUUCAUCCAGCAGAAGCUCGAGUCUGCGUCGAGCGAGGAGAUGGAGAUCGUGUUCGACGAGAUCGUGCCGCAGUACGCCGUACAGCUCAUGCAGGACGUCUUUGGCAACUACGUGGUGCAAAAAAUGUUUGAGUAUGGUACGGCGGCGCAGAAGGCGCGUCUUGUGAGCACGAUGGAAGGCCAAGUUCUCGGCCUUUCGCUGCAGAUGUACGGUUGCCGAGUGGUUCAGAAGGCGAUUGAGUACGUGGGACCUGACCAGCAAGUCAUGUUUGUUCAAGAGCUCAGUCCGAGCGUCCUGCGGUGUGUCAAGGAUGCGAAUGGCAACCAUGUCAUUCAAAAGAUCAUCGAGCACGUGGUCCCAGAACGUCUCGCGUUCGUGAAUGCGUUCCGUGGCAGCGUCUACGAGCUCUCUACACAUCCCUAUGGCUGUCGCGUCCUCCAACGGUGCUUCGAGUACUUGCCGGACGAGCAGACAAGGCCUCUCCUUGACGAGCUGCACAAGUAUGUCUCGAACCUCAUGAUUGACCAGUUCGGGAACUACGUCGUUCAGUUCGUCUUGGAGCACGGCACGCCGCAGGACCGGGCCAUGAUCAUCGCCAAGCUCACUGGGCAGAUGAACAACAUGGCGAAGCACAAGUUCGCGUCGAACGUGUGCGAGAAGGCCUUGGUCACUGCGGACCCGGACAGCCGUCGACAGCUCAUCGACGAGAUCAUGACUCCGAAGCAGCAGGACGGUCCCAGCCCUCUCAUGAGCCUCAUGAAGGAUUCCUUCGGGAACUACGUCCUCCAGCGGGCUCUCACGGUCGCUGAGGGCGAGCAGAAGGAGCAGCUGAUCAGCAAGGUCCGCCCGCAUUUGGUCAACAUGAGGAGGUACUCGAGCGCGUACAGCAAGCAUCUCUCGGCCAGUAAGUGUAAUUUCGUUCGAUCCGCUCGUCACAUCGAGCUCACAGUGCAUGUAGUUGAGCGGCUUCUCGAGAAGUUCUCUUCCAACGCGCCCUCUAGUGAAGUCACCCCAGUCGAGGGGCCGACCGAUUUUACCUCUUAG